AUGAAGACCCUCACCUUACUCACCGCAGUCGUCGCCACCCUCACAACCGCCCAAACCCCCGCCCCCUAUACCGACCCAAAGUCUGGCAUCACCUUCUCCACCUUCCAACACACCAGCGGCAUGUUCUUCGGCCUAACCCUCCCCCUAAACAGCACCAGCAACACCUCCUUCAUCGCCACCAUCGGCGGCAAAGGAACCAGCUACAGCGGCGUCAGCCUCGGCGGCGGCAUGCUCAACAAGCUCCUCCUAAUCGCCUGGCCCAACGGCCAAAGCAUCGUCAGCAGUUUCCGCAAAACAGCGUAUUCACUUCACCUGUCCCAUGCAUUUGCUGUAGCUAACUCCGCAAAAGCACCUACGCCUCGCCCACUGUUGCGACCGGCACUUUCUCCCAGCGCGCGAUUGCGAACGGGACGUAUGUCAACAGCACGCAUUGGACGUACACUUUUCUCUGUGAGAGGUGCAUACAGAGUGAUGGGACGACGUUCAGGGCGACGGAUGGGAAGCCGAGCAUUGGGUUCGUGUUGA